GCCUUAACCUUCCAGACCGUGGGCAGCAGGACUCGGAAGGGUGUCCAUGGUGCUCCCCUGGGACUGUGGCUCCGGCGUGCUGGGAAUGUGGCGAGGGGAGAGGCAGUGCCUUUCUGGCUGGCCUCGCAGAGCUGUGUGGCCACAGUAGACGCCAUGUCCUUCUCCUCGACGUUCCUGCUCACGGACAGGAAUUUGCUUGCUAGAAAACAAAAUGCAAGACUUGACAAACAAAAUGACUUGGGAUGGAAGUUAUUUGGAAAAAUACCACUCCGAGAGAAUGCUCAGAAAGAGUCAAAGAAAAUACAAAAGGAAUGUGAAGACAAGGCUGGACGAGCUAGCAAGCCAGGCUCUCCGAAGCAGAAUGUGAGGAAGAAUCUUGAUUUCGAGCCGCUUUCCACCACCGCGCUCAUCCUGGAGGACAGACCAGCAAAUCUCCCGGCGAAGCCAGUGGAAGAAGCUCAGAAGCACAGACAGCAGUAUGAAGAAAUGGUGGUUCAGGCCAAAAAAAGAGAGCUGAAAGAAGCCCAGCGGAGGAAAAAGCAGCUGGAAGAGAGAUGCCGGUUAGAAGAAAGCAUCGGAAACGCUGUCCUCACUUGGAACAAUGAGAUUUUGCCGAACUGGGAGACGAUGUGGUGCUCGAGAAAAGUUCGAGAUUUAUGGUGGCAGGGAAUCCCUCCCAGCGUGAGAGGCAAAGUUUGGGGCCUAGCCAUUGGCAACGAGUUAAACAUCACCCACGAGCUCUUUGACAUCUGCCUGGCCCGAGCCAAGGAGAGGUGGCGGUCCUUCAGCAUGGGAGGCUCUGAAGUGGAGAAUGAAGAUGCCGGUUUUUCAGCAGCAGACAGAGAAGCCAGCCUGGAGCUUAUUAAACUGGACAUUUCUAGAACAUUCCCUAAUCUCUGCAUUUUCCAGCAAGGCGGCCCGUACCAUGACAUGCUGCACAGUAUUUUGGGCGCGUACACUUGUUACCGACCGGAUGUGGGCUAUGUCCAGGGCAUGUCCUUUAUCGCCGCAGUGCUGAUCUUGAACUUAGACACUGCAGAUGCCUUCAUUGCUUUUUCUAAUCUUUUGAAUAAACCCUGUCAAAUGGCGUUUUUCCGAGUGGACCAUGGCCUUAUGUUGACCUAUUUUGCUGCAUUUGAGGUAUUCUUUGAAGAAAAUUUGCCGAAAUUAUUUGCUCAUUUCAAGAAAAACAACUUAACUCCAGAUAUCUACCUAAUUGAUUGGAUCUUCACCUUGUAUAGUAAGUCUUUGCCCCUGGACCUGGCCUGUCGCAUCUGGGACGUGUUCUGUCGCGACGGGGAGGAGUUCCUGUUCCGCACGGCGCUGGGCAUCCUGAAGCUGUUCGAGGACAUCCUGACCAAGAUGGACUUCAUCCACGUGGCCCAGUUCCUCACCAGGCUUCCCGAGGACCUGCCUGCAGAGGAAUGCUUUGCUUCCAUAGCUACAAUUCAGAUGCAAAGUCGAAACAAGAAGUGGGCGCAGGUGCUGGCUGCGCUGCAGAAGGACAGCCGGGAAGUGGACAAAGGGAGCCCAUCUCUCAGGCGCUGAGGCGGCAGGUGGACACACUCGGCCGCAGAGCAGAUCUCCAAGCGUCUCCGGUGUCGUGCAGACGGACACGCUGGCAGCUGAGGACAGGCUGCGU